AUGGAAGAGGUUGGCGAAGAUUACUUCCUUGACUUGGCAUCAAGGUCAUUGUUGGAACAAUCAAGUGACAAUAAAUCAGGUUUUGUAAUGCAUGAUCUCGUCAACGACUUGGCCAAAUUCGUAUCUGGGAAAUUUACCUUUAGGUUGCAUAUUGACCUUUCUCCUAAAACUAUGAACGAGACUCGCCAUUUGUCACAUUUGAGAAGACCAUAUGAUAACUUUAAGAAGUUUGAGGUUCUUUGUGAGGCUACUCGAUUGCACACAUUCUUAGCAUUGGAGUUGUCACCAAACAAUUGUUACUUUUUCUUAAGUAAAAGAGUACCACUUGAUUUAUUGCCAAAACUAAGAUGUUUGCGGGUGCUCUCUCUUUCCCAUUACCAAAAUUUGACUGAGUUGCCUGAAUCAAUUGGCAAAAUCAAGUAUUUACGUUACUUGAACAUUUAUUCCACUGCAAUUAAACAGUUACCCGAUUCCAUAUGUAAGUUGUGCAAUUUGCAAACAUUGAACUUAUCAUUUUGUUAUGGUAUUGCUGUAUUACCAAGAGAUAUGUGGAAACUCACUAACUUACGUCAUCUUGAUAUUGUCGGAACUGCUAUAAAGGAGAUGCCAAUGCAGCUGGGUAGACUAAAAUGUCUACAGACUUUAAGUAAAUUUAUCAUCAACAAACAUAGGGGGGCAUGCAUUGAAGAGUCGGGGAAACUUGCAAAUCUUCGAGGAAAGGUUUCUAUUUCAGAGCUUCAAAGCGUCGUAUCUCCUAUGGAUGCUCUGAAAGCAUGCUUGAAAGAUAGGAAGUACCUUGAGGAGUUGGUGUUGGAAUGGAAUGGAUUGGGUACUAAUAUUUCAGAAUGUCAAAGAUCUGUACUUGACAAUCUUCGGCCCCAUAGUAACUUGAAAAGUCUCACUAUCAAGAACUAUGGCGAUAAAAGUCUUCCAGACUGGGUUGGGCAUCAUUCAUUCUCUAAUAUAGUGUCCCUUCACCUAAACAAUUGUAAACAUUGUCCCAACUUGCCACCACUUGGUCAGCUACCCUCUUUGCAGAACCUCUAUGUUGUUGGGUUUGAAGGAGUUGUUAAAGUGGAUUAUGAGUUUUAUGGCGGUGAUUCUUCAUCAAUUAAGCCAUUUGGAGCCUUAAAAGUUUUAAGGUUCGAGUAUAUGUUGAAGUGGGAGGAAUGGUCUGCUUUUGGGGUCGAAAACGAAGGUGAAGCUUUCCCUCAACUUGAAGUGCUUUAUGUUGAUGACUGCCCUAAAUUAACAGGAGGGUUGCCCGUCCAUCUUCCUUCUUUAACCAAACUUGAGAUUCGUAAAUGUCCGCAGCUAGUGGCAUCACUCCCAAAGGCUCCUGCUUUACACGAAUUGGAGCUAAUACAUUGUAAUGAGGUUCUGUUAAAAGAAUUGCCAACUAAAUUGGGAAGGCUCGUAAUUGGAGGAUUUGACGCACUUGAGUCCCUUCCCAAUGGAAUGGUGGCCUCCAACAACUGUCUUCAACGGUUAGAAAUCUGGGAAUGUAUGAAGUUAGAGCUCCCAACACACUUACACUUUUCAUCCCUUGAAUGGUUGGAGUUGCGCGGUUGUGAUUCCCUCAAGUCAUUUCCGUUAGAUUUCUUUCCAAAGCUUUCUCAUAUAAGUAUAUGGGGGUGUAAGAAUAUGGAAUCUUUGACAGAUUCAGAACAACAUGGACGUGAUUUAGUGACCUUGAAUAUUGCCAUCGGCUAUUGCCCUAAUUUUGUAUCUUUUCCGAAAGAAGGAAUCCGUGCCCCACAACUUUCAGUUUUUUUCGUCUCUAAUUGUCCAAAUCUGAGGUCAUUGCCAGAGAAGAUGCAUACACUCCUGCCUUCUCUUUCGGUUUUUCAUAUAUACGAUUGUCCAAGAGUUGAGUCGUUUCCCGAAGGAGGCUUUCCUUCCAACCUGAGAGAUUUUUUCAGUCAGGGAUUGUGA